ACAUUUACAAAAACAACACCGAGCGGGUUGGACGCGCUGAAAAACGUUAGCGGACAAAAUUACCGUUUCACCGUUUAAUUAUUUUACAAUUACGAUUAUUUGUUUACAAACAAACCACAAGCGGAGCAUACAACAAGUAAAAUAUAAAAUGCUACACGCGAGUGCAACUACAGGUGUAAUGCAAUAAAUUGCAACGGUUUCUUCGCUACUACGUUUCGUCGUCCGUUCCACGUCCGUGUGUAUGUAUGUGUAUAUGCCUUGAAGAAAUAUGCAUGUGUGAGUGUCUAGAGGCUCUCUUCACAACAACAUAAUCGGGAAAUAGUAAACAAAUUAUCUAGCAAUUCAUUUUGAUACAAAAAUCAAACAAACAAAACGUGCAAUAUAAAUAACAACAAGAAAAGAAAACGCAAAUAGUGUGCGCGUGUAAAAAAACCAGCGAGAAAAAAGUAAUUUGGAAAGCCGUAGAAGGCAACCCAGAAGCAGAAGCAAAAAAGCAGCGACGACAACGCAGCAGCAGCGUCAGCGACGCUAGCAGCGGCAGCGCGUUCUGUGCAAGUGUAUUUGUGUUAAAAGGCACACGACGCGUGUACAUAAGCAAUUGUAUAUAUACACACACCAACAUACACACACAUGUACAAGAAGUGGAUGUGCAAGUAAAUUAAUUAAAAUAUAACAACAACAACAAAUCAGUUGAAAAAGUGAAAUUUCUUAUACAAUUUUUGUGCACUUCUUAGUGUAUGUGUGUGUGUGAGUGCGUACGUGUGGUUGUGUUAGUGCGAGUGUGAGUUUUGGAAAAUUAGCAUAAAUUCCAAGAGGCUGGACGCCAACGCCAACACAGCAGCACCAUAGCAGCAGCCACAACAACGACAACAACAUCGACAAGCAGAUUAACGGAUUUUCUACUACUUUUUGCUUUCGGCGCGUUAAAUCAAGAUAAGUAAUCACGACGACGCGACGCGCGAAAAUGGCCAAAAUGGAGGUCGACGAUGUGGUCGACUUGAGUCUGAGUUCUGGGCGAGAUCCGGCGUUGACCAUAACGCCAACGACGGCGCUCAGCAAUCGCGAUCUGCGUGCGCUCACUGCAAAUAAUACGGGUCUGACCAUAACGCCUGCUCCGCCUCCUUCUUCCUCUUCGCCUUCUCAGACGGCAGCCAGCAGCACAGCUUCCACCACAACAGCGGGCAAUGGCAGCAGCAACAACAACAGCAACACUAAUAGUAGUAACAACAACAACAACACAGCCAACAGCAACACAAACAGCACAAAUAGCAGCAGCAACAACAACAACACAGAAGGAACGUUAGCGGGCGCUGCGGCAGCAGGCAACGGCGGCAGCGGCAGCGGCGGCAACAGCAGCAGCGGCGGCGGCAGCGCCCAGGAUGAGAAUAAAGUACAACGUCGCGUGCUGCGUCCACGCACCGAACCCAAAUCGUAUGCCGAGGCACCCGACAUUGUGCUGCUGCCGGCACGAACAAAUGGACGACAGCAGAAUGGCAACAUUGAUUCGGAGACGGACGACGAGGAGAUGCCGCCCUAUGUGCCCAUCAAGGAGCUGACGCAUGCCGAGCUCAAGGAGCGUGAGAAGAGUUUGCGUAAGCUGCGACAGGAUUUGCGCAACGAGGAGACCAAAUUGAUGCUGCUGAAGAAACUGAAGCAAUCGCAGCAGGUGAUGAAGGAGAAUCUGGUGGUUACGCCCACCAGCGUAUCGCCCAAUAAUCCAUUGGCCGCUAUACCCAGCGCACUCACUGCCAAGGGGUCGCUUAGUGUGACGCCGACGUCGGCAAUGCCGCUGCCCGCACACAGCAAAGGACGCAGCAGCUUGGGUGGCAGCGCAGCAGCCGUUAGCAUUAGCGCCACAAACAGUCGCAGCAUCAGCUCAGCGGCCGUUGCAGCCGCUGCGGCAGCUUUGUCCGCUGGAUCGCAACGCAACAGCGGCGGCGGCAACAACAACAGCCACAACCACAGCAUGAACAACAGCAACUCGAUACUCCCGCCACCUAGAUCAUCGCUCACAGCGGGCACCACGCUGGCAUCCGGCACCACAAUAACGCCUGCCACAAACAGCUCCCAUCGAUCGAGCGUGCUGCCACCGCGCACCAAUCUGCCGAAUCUCACGAUAACGCCAUCGGUGACCAUAACGCCGACAUCGGCGCCGCCUUCCAGCAGCCUGAAAGCACGCAAUCCUAAUAUUUCGGAUAAUUCGAAGGUACCUGGGACCAUUAGCAAUUCUGUUUCCAUAACGCCGGCGCCCCCGCUAUCGCAAUCGCAUCAGAAUCAACUCAACGAUCUAAAGAAUGAUCGCUCGACGCCACGGGAAGAGGCGCAGACGCCGGCACAGCGUCAAGCAGCUGCGAAAAUGGCACUGCGCAAGCAGCUGGAAAAGACUUUGCUACAGAUACCGCCACCAAAGCCGCCACCACCAGAGAUGCACUUUAUACCGAAUCCCAGCAACACAGACUUUGUCUAUCUGCUUGGCCUGGAGACCGUUGUCGACUAUCUGACGGUGAACAAGAAGGCCAAUGCUGUGGCAGCACCAUUCCGUUGUGCCCAGUGCAAGAUUGACUUUACGCCCGUAUGGAAGUGGGAGAAGCAGACCAACAAGGAGGCCAAGGUUAUUUGCGAACAGUGCGUCACCUCGAAUGUGAAGAAGGCUCUGAAGGCCGAGCACACCAAUCGACUGAAGCAGGCGUUCGUCAAAGCGCUGCAGCAGGAGCAGGAGAUCGAACAACGUCUCGCCAGCCAGAGCAGUCCAUCGCCCGUGGAAGCGCAUGCCGUUCUCAACAGCAGCAACAGCAAUGCCAGCAGUGUGGCUGCUUUGAAUGCCUCCAAUGUCUCUGCAUCGCAUCAGCAUCAACAGGCGCUGCAGCGUGAGCGCGAGCGUGAGCAACGCGAACAGUUGCAGGCAUCGCAUGCAUCGGCGGCGGCUGCGUUGGUCAAUUUGCCGCCAUCGGUGACGGUGAUACCAACGAAAUGCCAGACACCAACGCCAGCAACACCGCGUCCAACGCCGCCGCCACCGUCGCAAACACCAGCACAAAGUCAACCCACACCGCCGCCAUCGUCUGCGUCGUCAUCGUCCUCAUCCGCUGCCGCUGCGGCCGCCGCCGUUGCCAACUCACAGCGCUCGUCGCGAGCAGCGGCCACAGCUGCAGCGGCUGCAAUUGCCGCUCAGCAGGCGGGCAUUCUCAGUCCUGGGCCGGUGCCAACGGCAGCGCAUCAUCACGAGCCAACCACAUCGUCGGCAGCGCGUUCUUCGCGUGCCGAACGCGAUCAUCAUCAUCACCAGCAACAGCAGCAGCAGCAACAACAGCAGCAGCAACAGCGAGAGCAACAACGCGAGCAGCAGCAACAACAGGCGCAAAGCUAUGACAAGUACUCGGCUGCCACAUUGGCGGCGGCAGCGCAUCUGAGCGCUUUGGGCGGCAUGGGCGGAUUGAAUAUCAAUAAUCUGGCCAGUUUGGGCAAUCUCAGUCAGCUGGGCAAUCUGGCGGCACUCGGUGGUCUCGGCAACUUUGGCGGCGCCUCGACGGCAGCCAGCAACUCGGCCGCAGCCGCUGCAGCGGCCAUGGGAAAUGCCUCGCCAGCAGCCACAGCGGCAGCUAUGCAAGCCUUCCAGCAGCAGCUCUUCCGAGCACUUGGCCAGGGUUUGGGUGGCAAUCCGCAGCACAUGAUGCAGUUUGCGCCGCUCCUUUACUCCUAUCAAAUGGCCAUGGCGCAGGCGGCCCAAGUGGCAGCUUUCAACAACAAUAACAAGAAGAGCAGCUCCGCAUCGAGUUCGUCGAAGAGCAGCAACAAUGCCACCAGCUUGGCGGACAUUCAACGGGCCGCCGAAUUGCAGCGUCAAUAUCUGCUCGAGAUGAUUCCGCCACAGCAGCCAAGUGGACCCAGUGGAAGUCGCCAGAACAACUGGAAGGCCUAAAGAAAUAAAUAUGCAUUGAUUGAUUGGAUGAAAAAACAAAAAAACAAACAACAAGCAGCAGCAACCACAACAACAACAAUAACAACUAACUAACUUUAUGAUUUUCUUGAUUAGGUAAUUUUAUAAUUUACGCAAGCGAAAAACAUAAUUGUACACGUAAAGCAAAAAAAAAAAAAAGAUUAAUCUAUUUGUAAACAAUAAUUAUUACAUAAUUAAUUAUACAUAAUUAUACACGAAAACAAAACUUAAAAAAAAACAAGAAAAAACAAAAUGCAAGCAUCGUCAACGUAAUUGUUAGUAGUUUCUUUUUGUUAAUAAUACUUGUCGUGUGUUUCUCUCUCUUAUUUUACCAACAACAAAAAACUAGAAGAACAACAGCAACAAUUAAUUGAUUAAUUCAUUAACAAUAGCAAUUCACGAAUGCAAAACAUUUUUAAGCUCCUAUAGUAAUUGAAAUAUAUGAUACGAAUAACAAUUAAUGAUUGUAGCCUGUAAGGAGAGAUAGACCCAUUUUUAGGGCCCAAUUUGUCCCCCCUCGUCCCCAGCCCCCCUAGCCCCCACACAACUGAGUUAUUCGGGGAUGUACAAGUUUAAUUUGUAGCACACACACACACAUACACAAAACAUAUACAUAAUACUAUACAUAUAUAAAUAUAUAUUUUGUAAUCAAUUUUAAAAUUACGCAUAGUUUUUAGUUGUAAACAAAUUUGUUAGGGCUAUAAAAUAAAUUGCAGCAACAAUUGCACAAUACUUUUUUUUAUUUUGAUCAGGCUAUACAUACAUACAUAUAUAAUAUACACACACACAUAAAACCUUUUUACUAGACUCAAUUAACCAUAAUUCCCAGCCCCAAGAUAGAACUGUUAUUUAGUUGAUCAUUAGACUCGUUAAUGCUCCCAUUUAAUGUGAAACCGCACAUCGAACAUUUAUGCUUAACUUUUCAAUUAUUGUACAUAAAAAACAUAACACAACAUUUACAUACGAUCCAUAAUUAUCCGAAAUUAUUCCACACACAUACAGUUUUUGCCUUUUGAUGUGAGUUUAGAAAGAGUGGGGAAGAUGAUAUAUUGAAAAGCGUAAUCUUGACUGAUCAUUAGCGUAUUUUAUAUACUAGUAACUUCAAGCAAAUGCGACAGCUUGCAUGAUUAUAAUUAGAUAUUGAGACAUGUAUGUGGUACUUUAUUCGGCACACAUUCAGAAAUAGAAAUAAAACAAAACAUAUAUGAGAAAAUAUGCAAAAAGGGAACAGGAACAGGUAUUUGUAGGAACGGAACAGAAGGAAAAGGAAGGAAGGAAGGAAGGUUACAUUCAGGCGAAUCAUUCGGAACACAAACCAAAUUCAUUUUGGGCAUGCGAAAUCAAAUUGUGAUCAAAAUAAAAACGUAAAAACAAAACAAAAUUCAAAACAAAAAAGGAAAAACCUUAAAGCUAAAGAAAAAUAAGUGAAAUCCAUAAUUAUUUUUAGCCAACUAAGUUUAAAAUGCAUUGUAAUUCAAAUUCAAAAUAAUAACAGUCGAUAAUUAUACAAAAACAAAAAGCAAAAAAAAAACAAACAACAGCAGCAUUCACAGCAAACAA